AUGUCGACGAUACAGCAGCUUAAGAACUUUAUCCGACACGGAAAGCAAGCCCGAGCAAAUAACGAUGAGCCGGCAGCCAAGCAGUCCCCGCCGCCCAAAGCACACGUAGGCAUAUCCGAGCCUGCGUAUCCCGCCGCCGCACCUGCUCAGGCGAUUCCCGAGGCAUACUCAGUCGCCGGCGAUGGCCAGAACCGUGCUGCCCAGGCAAACCACGCCGCCGCCCACGCCGCCGAGCCGAACCAGUACAAGACGUCCAAGGCGGGCAAGAACAUCGACAACACGCACUUGGCCAAGCUUGUUGCCGAGGAGAACGAGAGCAAGGGCAAAUUCCCCAGAUAUCCUGGCCUAGAGAGAUGGGAAUUGGUCGAGAAGAUGGGUGACGGCGCUUUCAGCAAUGUCUACCGUGCGCGCGAUACCACUGGCGAACAACCGGGCGAGUGUGCCAUCAAGGUCGUCCGCAAGUAUGAAAUGAACAGCAUGCAGAGAGCAAACAUUCUGAAGGAGGUUCAAAUUAUGCGACAGCUUGAUCACCCGAACAUUAUUAAGCUCAUCGACUUUUCCGAAUCUAGACAGUACUACUACAUAAUUCUUGAAUUGGCGCCUGGCGGUGAGCUUUUCCACCAGAUUGUUCGCCUUACGUAUUUCAGCGAGGAGCUCUCGAGGCACGUCAUCGUACAGGUUGCCCAAGCUUUGGAGUACCUGCAUGAGGAGAGGGGUGUUGUCCAUCGCGAUAUCAAGCCGGAAAACAUCCUUUUCAGCCCGAUCCCCGUCAUUCCGUCCAAGAACCCUAAGCCUAAGCAGCCGGGCGAUGAAGACAAGGUCGACGAGGGCGACUUCAUUCCCGGAGUUGGUGCAGGCGGCAUUGGUCAGAUCAAGAUUGCCGAUUUUGGUCUAUCCAAGAUUGUGUGGGAUAACCAGACCAUGACGCCUUGCGGCACUGUCGGAUACACAGCUCCCGAGAUCGUCAAGGAUGAGCGUUAUUCAAAGUCGGUCGACAUGUGGGCACUGGGUUGCGUUCUCUACACGCUGCUCUGUGGUUUCCCCCCCUUCUAUGACGAGAGUAUUGAGGUUUUGACGGAGAAGGUCGCCAAGGGCCAGUACACCUUCUUGUCACCUUGGUGGGAUGAUAUUUCCCAAUCUGCUCAAGACCUGAUUUCUCACCUCCUCACUGUGGACCCCGAGAAGAGAUACACCAUCACCGAAUUCCUCGCCCAUCCCUGGAUCAAGGGUUCUGGCCCGACGCCUCGUGACGAGAAAAAGACGCAGCCCGACAUGCUCCGUGCGUUCGAUGCUAACAGAAUUAACGACGGCGACCGUCGCUACGACUUCCGCUCCCCUGGUGCGGUCAACCUGCGCGAGGUCUUCGAUGUUGGAUACGCCGUUCACAGACAAGAGGAAGAGGCCAAGCGCCGAAAACAAAUUGGCAGCAAGGGCGGUGUUCCCGCACGUUUCCUCAACAAUCUUAACGAGGAUUCAGAGGAUGAGGACGCGGAAAUGGCCGAGAAUAAGGAAGCCGAAUACGUCCACAAGCCAUCACAGGCGACGCAAGCGCUCGAGCAAAGCAUGCGCAAUGCUCAGAUUAGAGAUCAGCAGGAGCACCAACGUGGACGUGAGCGUGAGCGACAGGCUCCCGCGGCAAACGAGAAGGGUUAUGGUCAACACUCUGCAACCGUCACAGCUGCCGCUCGUCAACAGGUUAGAGACCGGAACAGACAGAAGGGCGCCUUUGAGCUCAGCCUCGACGGCGCCACAUUGCUGGGCAGGCGAAAUAAGCAGCCUCUUGCGGCCCGAGCUGGCGGGGCAUAG